AUGCAUAAGCUGUAUUUGGAGAAGUAUGAAAAUGAAGUUUUCCAGGCAUUAAAAAAGGACGAAAAAGCCCAUCCGAAAGUUACCUACGACUUCUACAAUCGCAGUUUUGUAUUAAAUCAUAAUAUCAGUUUCGGAACUCCGAGGUCUGACACAUGUCAAACUUGCGACAGAUUACAAAAUCUUAUACUUGCCGAGAUAGAUCCUGAAGAGAAAAAAGCACGUCUGACUGAAAAAGAUAUUCAUAUUCGUAAAUCGGAGGUGUUUUACAAAAAAAUAAAAGAAGUUACCAUUCUCAGUAAAGAAGAUGAGUCAAUCGAAGUAUUAUGUUUCGACUUCCAGCAGAAUUUGCCUUUACCCCAUGUUCCAGCAGGAGAUGUGUUUUACAAAAGGCAGCUUGGGGAAUAUAAUUUUUGUAUUCAUUCGUGA